GUACCGUAGAGAAAACGAAUCUUACUGCUACCACUGCUACUACAUCGAGAUGAUCUUUACCCGCAUACUUGUAGCUCUUUUGACGAUCGGUCUUCCCUACCGGCAGUAUAAAUUCACGUAUUCGUUUGUGGUUACCGCCUUCAUUGGCUCCCCGAAACGUUUCUCCCGUGCUCCAACCCUCUUCGGCAGAUCUGAGCAAGAAAGUGAACAUUUAUCGCAUGAUCUAUUACUGGACGAAUCAAUUUUGUUGUAUUCCCAAAUAUCGCGACAAAUAGGCGUCGAAAACAACACAGACAUCRAAACCCUACGAAARAAUGAGCUGACAUCACUKAUUACAGAUAUAGUUUUCGAUGAAAGAGGCUCAGUAGAUUUAGAAAAAAGGAAGAAGUCGGUUCAAAAMGAUGAAGAUGAUAGGGAGCUAGAAACGCUGGAUGAGAUAAGUUCCGCUCUCGAUCAGCAGAUUCUUCUUGGAUAUCAGUCCACCUUCACGGAGGAGGAACUCGCGCAAUGGGUUGGAGGGAUCGAUGCAUUGUACGAGAAACUCCAGUCGCAAGUUCGUGCUUUGCCUCCUGCGUCAUCUGGUACCGAAAAAAGUGUCCCCAAAGCAGUAGCAACAACAUUGACACCCUUGGACCAACUGCAAUCUCGCCUUGAAUCUAUGCGCAUCCUUAUUGAUCCUACGGGCAAUGCCCGAUGGCGACCGCCCCUAGCGCAAUCAGCGGUGCARACAGUGCCAUCAAUAACUCCUGCACAUACCAAACCSGACACAAAAAAAGAAGACGAAAUCACUGCCGAAGAGUUCAUCGAUGAAACUCUGUCGAAAACGUCGCAACCAGAUCCUGUGGAAGGAAAGCUCAAAGAUAUCAACAACCCCAUCGAAACGCCAAACACACAAAAUCCAACCGCAAACAACAACAGUACCAUUCAAUCCAKGCCAGGGGGGGAGAAAUGGAUCGAGGUUCCUGCCGAUGCUGAUUACAUCAAAGCAAAUACUUUUGCGAGGGACAAUGAUGAUGGGACGAGCGCCGGGUUUGCAAACGUUACUGUUGGCGUUGAUGAUCCAUCCGAUGACCACACUGCACCAGAUCACUCGGAGACUCCGGAACGAAGUACUAGAACCGUGGAYGUCGUAUCUACCGUGGUGACGACAGCUGCCCUGGGCGCGGCCGCUGUCACAAAACUGCCGCUGUUUGCAGCGGGCGUGGCGUUUGGUCCCGUCAUYAGGGAUUCUAUUUCAUACGCAAAGGGACGAAUGGCCAACUCGACAAAAACGACAAACCCAGAGAAUGACACGAAUUCUACUUCCGUGGAGAAGGACAAGGGGGAGAGCGACUCUGUCGAAGAUUGAAAAAAGUAGCGAACUAGACGCAGGAAAUAAAAACAUUGGAACACC